GCUGCUAUGAAAACAUUUGGUUAUUCUUAUGUCUUCCAGUUCUGUUUCUCUCAAGGGAGUUAUGGCGCAAGCAAAGGUAUGGACAUUGAAGCAACAUUUCACUGGCUUUCCAAAGACCAGUGAUUUUCAGUUGAAGGAAGAAAGGCUUUUAUCUCCAAAAGAUGGAGAAAUAUUGCUUGAGGCUGUCUAUCUAAGUGUGGACCCUUACAUGAGGCCCUACAGUAAAGUCCGGAUGAAAGAGGGAGAUGUGAUGAUCGGUGCUCAAGUUGCCAAGGUAAUUCAGAGCAAAAAUCCCAACUUCAUUGUAGGCAGUCAUGUGAUUACACACUGCGGCUGGAGGACCCACAGCUUAUCCGAUGGCUCAGACUUGACUCCAUUGCUUUCUGACUGGCCACAAGAUCAGCCUGUCUCGCUGGCAGUAGGUGCCAUUGGCAUGCCUGGUCUGACUGCCCUCUAUGGCCUAGAGGAGGUGUGUAAUAUAAAGGAGGGAGAGACUGUGUUGGUCAAUGCAGCGGCUGGAGCAGUGGGCUCUGUGGUGGGACAAAUUGCCAAGAUCAAGGGAUGUCGAGUAGUGGGUUGUGCAGGGACAGACGAGAAAGUGUCUUACCUGAAGGAACUGGGUUUUGACGAGGCCUUCAACUACAAGACAGUCAGCUCACUCCAGAAAGCUCUAGAAAAGGCAUCUCCGGAUGGAUAUGACUGCUACUUUGAUAAUGUCGGGGGAGACUUCUCCAGUGUUGUAAUGCCACUUAUGAAACCUUUUGGAAGGAUUGCUGUGUGCGGGAGCAUUUCUAUGUACAAUGACGUCACUACACAAACAGGUCCAUACAUUUACCAAUAUAUGGUCUUCAAGCAGCUGCGCAUGGAGGGAUUCCUCGUCACACGCUGGGAACAUAAGAACCCAGAGUCAUUGAGGCGGCUUCUGACCUGGACAAGAGAGGGGAAAAUCAAUUGUAGGGAGCAUGUCACUGAAGGUUUUCUAAACAUGCCCUCCGCCUUCAUGGGCAUGCUACAAGGGGACAACAUAGGAAAAGCCGUUGUGAAGAUGUGACUUAAUCCCAAAUACAUCAUCCCAAAUGCAUCUCACUAUCAAAUGCAACAAGUGCUGUAGGCUUUGCAGUGUAUGGAGGGGAAAGAAUGAUGACCUAGUCACUACUAAUGGGGAAAUCUGUCUCUCAAUCUUGUCAAUCAAUUAAUUUGAAUUAAUCAAUUAUUAAAAAAUAAUAAAUUAAAUGUAGUUAUUGCUACAUUGGUAAUUGUACUUUUCUGUUAGGCCUAUUUGUUUUUCAGCAUCAGGAACGCAGUAUGUUUUUUAAUUUCCUGAAUAAGAUGUAUGCACAGAUAUCUUCAGAGGAAGAUCCCACUGGAGGAUCGAAACGUUGCCUAAAAUAAAAAGUGUAUUUUUGGAGCCUACCAACCCCAUCUUCUACUGAUCAAGGGAUCUAUCUGCACCUUAUUCCGCCAUGCUAGAAAUGUAUUUUCUUCUGCCUUGUGCUCAAUCUUCCUGUUGGCUAGUUCCGGCUAAUUAGCUUCAUUGGGAUAACAUGGCAGAAGAGAGGAUGGAGAGGCUAACUUAGGUGGAAAUAAAAAAAAAAAUGGCAUCAGUAAAUUAGAUGGCGAUAUUGUACUUUGCCAAGGCUAUUCACCUCUAGAGUGUUGAGUAUAAAUUUAGGUUACAUGAAAUGUAAUAGGGCUCGGGCACACACCUUGCAUUCUAGGAAUAUUGCCGCCAUGUUGGUAGCGCACCGAACGUAAUAUCCAUUCAUUCAGAUGCAGAAGACGAGAAGCAGAAAUAUAGUAUUAGCAAUUCUUUUCCUCUUGCGGUCCUGGGUUGCGCUGUUACACCCCACUACACAGCAACAUACGACCAGGAAGGCAAAAACUAAGUAACAGGAACACACUAAAGGCGGGAGUAAAUCCAUAGUAAUCCAUAGUAAACUAAGGAGUGAGGCUGCCAAUAUGGCUGUGCCCGCAAAGUUUUCACGUCAUGAUCCCGAGCCCUAUUAUAUUAACAUUCUGCACAUCAUCUGCGAUGGGCAAGAAAUGCAAAAUGCAAACCCAUUAUUCUUUGUUGGAUUGCUCACAAAGUUCUAAUCACACUGAUAUCACAUGCAUAUCAUCUGACAGAGCACAAUCUCUUUCCGAUGGUUGCUGUCAGACAUGGGCAGUAUUUCAAUUAUAUGUAUUUUAGAUACGUAUUGAAUUACUUUAGCGUAUUUUGUCAUUUGUAUUUUGCAGGAUUGGAAAAAAUCAAAUGUAAUUUGUAACAAAAUACUUUGAGGGAUUGUGUUUAGAGUAUUUCAAAUACUAAAAUACUUAACAAUCUGUCAUUUUCCCCUCAAAUUAGCCAAAAAAAUUCAUCACUCAGUUAAAUAUAGCCUCUUACCUAUAACCAUGACAAUAUGCUAUGCUAGUCCAGGAGCCAAAGGUCAGAAUCUGGGUGAACCUGGUUUUGUAGCCUAUGUUUUUUUUUUUUUUUUUUUUUUUUUUGCGGUUUCUUGUUGUUAGGGGUUACUUACAGGAUGUUUCUUUAUUUGUCCCCCAUGUUGCCAGCAGGUAUGAAGGCAAAAGGCAUGCAUUUAUAGCACAAAGGGAAAUGCUGUUCAAUUUAAAAAGGCUAACCUGUUCAAUUUGUCGUACUUUCAUUGAAUACGGAAAAUGAUGGUGGGUGCUUUGUCACAGUUGAUUCCACUGUUGCAAAGCCUGCUUGUUGUCAGUUCAAUCAUCUCUAUCAUUUCUAUAAUUUCUAUUGAUUUGGGAUGCUGAUUAUUUUUUACUAGAUUUACUUCAUAGGAGCCCCAAAGUAAAGAAUGUAGUCCUCUGCCAGCCAAUCAGAAACUAGUGCUUCUUGUAGUUUGUAUUAAAUGUUGGUAGGCUAUAGGCUACCAUGAUUAUUGUGGGGGUAUUUUUGUAUUUUCUAAUUACUAAUUACUUGUAUUUUACUUAAAUAAAAUUUUCACAUCA